CGAGGCCCUCCCAUUUUUAUACUGGACGUCUCGUGACGUCAGGACGUCGCAUUUUGCACGUUACGUUAGCUAGGCAACAUGGCGGCGCCUUGACCAGUCAACUCUUUUUGGUUUAUUUCGAUGUUUAUUUUUUAAAGACCUCAGAAAGUACACUAAGAUGCCUACAAUGCUGAACCUCAGCAAUGAGGUGGUAAAAAUGAGGGUGGAGGUGAAAAGGGUGAAGGUGCUCCUUAUCAGGAAACUCAUCCGUCAUAUCUCGUCCCUGGAGAUAAAGAAAGGAAAUGAGGCAGCCUUGGAGAGGCACCGCAGACGAGCAGCGAGACUUCGGGAGGAGAUCCGUGAGCUGAAGGUUAUUGCACCAGACAGCGUCACCAAGGCCGCUCUACAGAAGGACAUCAGUUUCGAGAAGGUGUGCCAGAAUAAAGAGGCCAGCCUGUCUGAACGAGCCAUCGCCCGCAUUGCAACGCACCCACAGUUCAGCAAGAGAAUCCAGAGCAUAAAAGAUGCAAUUAAAGCCUUCAAAGAGGAAAGAAUAAAUGCAAGAGAGGCCGAGAAACAAGCAAAAAACAAUGCUGAAGAUGUCACACUGCAAGAUCAGGCUCAAAAAGGCAGUGGUGAUGAUGAUAAUUAUGUUGGUUCAGAGAAAUCAGAUGAUGAAGGAGAAGAGAAACUGACAGAGGAGGAGAGUGAGAAAAAUACAGAUAAACAGCAAGAUGAAGCUGAUGGUUCCUCAUUGGUGAGCCAGAAGACAUGUCUGGAGAUGUUAAACGAACAAACGAAUCUGUGCCAGAAGGAACAGAUUUCAACAACUGAGAAUUCAGAAGAAACGGUAAGUGUCCCAAAAGAGGUGGUCAGGAUGAGGAAGGAGGUGAAGAAAACGAGGGUGCUGAUCAUCAGUAAGCUGGCACAGCAGGUAGCUACUCUGAAGAAGAAAAAAGGUCAGGAAUCUGAGUUAAAGGAGAGCCAAGAGAUGGUGGCAGUAAUCAUGAAAGAAAUCCAGACUUUAAGGAGCAUUAAACCAGAUCAGGUGACCAUGACAGCACUUCAGGAGAACACUGAGCUUGAAAAGGUUAUGCAGAACCCUCAGGCGAACCCAGUGGACAGAGCCAUAGCACGUAUAGCCACACAUUCCUGCUUUGUCAAAAAACUCCAAAAGGUCAAAGCAGCUAUCGAAGAAGAAAGAGUAAAGGCUGCUGAAGCCAAACAGAAAAAGGAAGACAGGCAGAUCUUGGUUCAGUCAAAUAAUGAAGACGAGGAAGAAGAGAGUGAUAAUGAGGAGAAGGCGGAAGAUCAGGAGGAAGAUGAUGAUGGCAAUGAAGAUGAGGAGGAAGAAGUGGGGGAGGACAAAUUGAACAGUCCUUCCACUGAAAUCCACAAAUCUGGCAUUGAAGAGCCAACAGAGGAUGCAAACACUAUGACUGUGAAGUUGUCACCAUCCGAGGUCAUCACAACACCUUCGGAAAAACCCAGAGAUCCAAAAGUUAAAUCACAGAGUGCUGAUCUCACCUCUACAAUUGUUCAAAGUUACCCUGAAAAGUCUUCAAAAGUGACCAGUACAGAGUCAAAUCUACCAAAGAGCAUUGUAAAAUCAGACAAAGAAAAGGAGACCACCAUAAAGUCACAAAAGAAACAGGACCUACCCGAGACCAAAAAGCCUGAGACAGAAAAGGAUGAAGACGAGUUUGAUUUAUCAGAUGAAGAGGAGAAGGAAUAUUUUGACGACAGCACAGAAGAGCGUUUCCGUGGGCUGUCAUCUCAUUCUGAAGAGAGCGAAGACGAUGACUUCUUCCUCGGCAAAGUGAGCAAAUUCAAGAAAAAGAAAAGUUGCCAAUGGAAAGUCGAGGAGAAAAAGGGUGAGCCUCAAAAACUUGACAAAUUGCAGAAUCCAGAGGCGGCCACCAGCAAACCUCACAAGAGAAACCUAGGCAAAUUACAGUCUGUUUUUUGCUCCGCUUUGUCCAAAUCCAGCAUCUCCUCUCAGAACGCAAAGUAUGGCUUCCGCCAUGAUGAUCCAAGACCUCCUCGUUUCCAGAACCAGAGGAAAGGUCCUGAGGGCAAGAUGAAAGCAUUUCGAAACAAAGGCCCAGACCCUGGUGUUGAUAGAAGGACAGGUCAUUUCAAACCCAUUACACAGACAUUUAAAUAUGCAGGAGAAAGGCAAGGUGGACCUUCAGGGGCAGGGAGUGGAAAGUCACAGUUUGAGCACCAUCAGAAGAAGAAUCCCAGAGGCCCAUCAGGCAAGAUAUCAAAUCCACCUCAGCAGGCACUUCAUCCCUCAUGGGAGGCCAGCAGGAAGAGAAAAGAACAGCAGGCACAAAUCACAGUAUUCCAGGGAAAAAAGAUCAAAUUUGAUGAUGACGAUUAAGCAGGACCUUCUCAAAUUCAUAUGAUACCUUUAUGUUUUAAAACAUGUCUGUCUGUUAUAUAUAUAUAUAUAUAUAUAUAUAUAUAUAUAUAUAUAUAUAUAUAUAUGUCCUGUUAUUUAAGCUUUAUUCUGUUAAUUAGUAUUAAAACAUGGAGCUAAAAUGUAAUUAUUAUUUUGAUUUAUACAGUGAAGGAAUGUUCAAAGAAUAUGAUAAUUUCCAGUUUGGUCUCAUACAUUGAUUUUAUCGGACUGCUUGUUCAUUUGUAAGGGGGUAUUGUAUAAAAGUGUUGUUGUUUUUUUCCUACUUGUUACACAGUUUACUUCACACAUUAGUUUUCAGUUUGAUAAUUACACCUUUAAAAGAUUUCACAAAUGGGAAAUUUUUAUACAAAUAUCAUCAUAAACAUUUGCUUGAAAAUAGGGUUUAUUUGCCAUUAUUAUUUUGCAGUACAGGAAGUUGUCCUUUUAUCCCAGUUUCAAGUAAUAAAUGUACAAACUUGUGCAAUGUACACCAUAGGUGUCAUUUGGGGAUGGACGUGUUCCUACCACUUUUUUCCUUUGUCAAUUUUGUCCCCACUGCUUUUUGAAACAGCCUUUGUUUCUAAUGCAGAAAAAAGAAAAUCAUGACAUUAGUAAUCACAUUUUUUAUUAUAAUGCUCAUUAGCUUAAACAACAGUGAUGUUUAUUCACUCUUCUAAUUUUUUUUUUAUUUUUUACUCUUAUAUAAUGUUUUUAUGUGUAUAAAUUAUGUGUGAAUAUUCCCAACACUCUGGUGAUCUCUGUGAAGGAUUUGUGGUUGUUAUCUUACAAUAUUUCUAAAAUAACUAAAAUACCAGUCAUUCUUAAACUAAAAAUGGAUGGAAAGACAAUUUUUGAGAGAAAUAAAAUAUCAAAUAUAUUGGGUGACUUGUUCAUCAUAUACAUUUUAUUUUAAAAGCAACAUAAUUUAAAUUGCAUCAACUUUAUUUGCAACAAAGCGCAUGAGCGUGAAUGACACAAAAUCUGCCUUUAAUCUCGUAGGUCGCUGAGGCGUUUGGCAUCUCAAACAAGCCUGAUGCUUACUUUCUGUUGUCUCUUCUGUACCCCGCCCUGCAUUGGUGAGCCAUUAAAUGGCAAGGCGAGAGCAGGUCAGUCAAGAGCAGAGAGCCAAUUGGGCAUUUACCGUCAAGACUUGAAAGAGAAGAAGCACCAAAACUUAAGUGUUUCUGACAGAGGGUCAUAAAUAAUCAUGUUUUACGAAUAUUUUAGUGUUUUUGUGUAAAAAAAAAAAAAAAAAACUACUAAUAUUAUAAGUGAACCUCCAAAAACAUUUUAAAGUAAUUAAAAAAGACAUGUCAUGAUCCUUUUAUCACAAUGCAAAAUGCAAACAGAUGUGCCCUGCUCAUGGUAUAUAUAAUACCAAAUGCGCGUGCAUGUAAUAAUUAGACGCAGAUUGUGCAUGUAUUAUAUAGUGUAUGCUUUCCACAUCUGUUCGUUUUAAUGUGUUCAAUUCCCAUAUUCCGUGAUUACUUUAUGCUGUACUGCACUACUGUCAUUUUUUAUUGUCUAUCAACCUCUCUUGAAAAAUAAUACAAUAUAAUAAUAAUAAAAGAAAUA